GCCGGCCGGAGACGCGGACCUCGGUCCCCGCGGCGGUGACACGACCCGCGCCGCCAGCGCCGCCGUCCUCCCCGCACCAUGGAGUUCUCCGAGAGGAAAAGAAGCCGGAAAUCCCAGAGCUUCAAACUGGUGAGCCGAGAUUAUCACCAUGAGGUCUAUAAGAUCUCAGAAUUCACCAACGAUAUUAAUGGGGAAGCCAAAGAGACACAACCCAUUUUUUUAGGAGACGAAAGCAUGGAAAUUAAAAAACAAAUUACAGGGAUGAGAAGAUUAUUGAAUGACAGCACUGGAAGGAUAUAUCAGCGUGUAGGCAAAGAAGGAGAAAAAUUAAAAGAAGAGCCCCAGGAUUUGGAUUUAGUGUGGCCUCAACGUUUGAACUCCUCCACUGAGCCUCCACAGGGCCUCCACCCUCCUUCCCAUGGUGUGUGGAAUGAGCUACCACCCCAAAGUGGGCAGUUCUCAGGACAGUAUGGCACACGUUCUAGGACCUUCCAGAGUCAGCCCCAUGUUGCUGUGAGCUCCAAUGGAGAACUUCCAGUGGUGAACUCGUCAGUUGAAUCAAACUGCUGUACUUGUAACUGCCAGUCAACGUUACAAGCCAUUCUUCAAGAACUCAAGACCAUGAGGAAAUUAAUGCAAAUCCAAGCAGUUGGAACUCAAAACAGACAACAACCCCCAAUUUCCCUUAUAUGCUCCCAGCGAACUGCAGUCUCACGCAAGAGAACUAAAAAGAGAAAAUUGCCCCCAAAGAGCAUGGAAGCUGUUACUGAGAAACAGAAGGCCAGUGUGUUAGAAAUUGAGACGAAGCCAGCAGCAGGGGCCUCAGAGCCUCAGCCAGGACUCCCAGCCCCCCAGCACACCUCCGCUGAAGAGAGCCACGUUCUGGGAUUUGGCAUUGUUCUCGAAUCGCCUUCCUCAGAUCCAGAAGUGCAACUUGCUGAAGGCUUUGAUGUGUUUAUGCCCAAAUCUCAGCUGGACUCUAUAUUAUCAAACUACACUCGCUCAGGAAGCCUUCUGUUUAGAAAACUGGUGUGUGCAUUUUUUGAUGACAAGACUUUGGCUAACUCCUUACCCAAUGGGAAGAGGAAAAGAGGACUCAAUGACAACCGGAAAGGACUAGACCAAAAUAUUGUGGGUGCAAUAAAAGUUUUCACUGAAAAAUACUGUACUGCUAACCAUGUGGAUAAACUUCCUGGCCCCCGAGACUGGGUACAAAUUCUACAGGAUCAAAUUAAACUUGCCAGAAGAAGGUUAAAAAGAGGCUCAGCAGAGGUAGCUGACGGUGAUGAAAGACUGGACAGCAUUUCUCUACCACCAACAGGUGAUAUAUUUGACACCAGGAGAGGAAACACGGUGGACAGAGAACCGGGUUCAUUGCCUAGACUUGUGCUUUAGUGACCUUGAUCAUUAGCAUACGUAACUCUUCCAUUUGAAUCUACUCAAAGACCCACACUGCCAUGUGUGGAUGUUUUGUGAAGUUUAUCUGUCAUGGUUGAAUCAUUUCCUAUGAUUUCUUUGUAAGAUGUGAUGAUCACACAGCCAGAUGGGUAUAUGAUACUUUCAAAAUUGUUUUUAGUUGAUCUGUUACCUUUGAAGGUCCUGUGAACAAUCCAGUUACUAGUUCUGUGUCUGUCACCAACAGGCUAUCUCUCCCUGGCUUUAUUCAGCAUAACCUAAGUGUGAAUAUACAGUUUUGGAGCCUGUUUAUUUUCAUGUAAACUGUUAGCUGCCUAUAAAGGAGAAUGGCUCUUUGCAGACCUCAGAGAGGUGGUGAAGGCCAGAAUUAAUUAGGCCUUCCUCAGUGCACAAGAACAGCUGUUUGGGGAGAGGAGAGAGAGCGCCGGCCUGUUAGAUGAAAUCAUUUGUGACAUCAGUGUUCCCCCUAAACAGCCAUUUGGCAUUGAAUAAGUGAAAAUGAAGGAUGAAUUCUUAGCAGAGGAAUGACAUACAUAUUGUGUUGACAUUGUGACCAAUUAAAGCUAAUUAAAAGAUGCAAAACUCCAACUAACCAGUUCUCCACCUGAUACCCAGUAGCCAUUUACACAGAGGGUUUUAAAUGAGUGGACCCCAGUUCAGACAUUGCGUGGUGACAGGUCACAAUAGGCAUGCUUAAUAUCCUGUUGUUUAUUUUGGUUCCUGGUGUCCCCGCCCUCCACUUUAUAGAAAACCCACAUAAGAAAAUGUAGGUUUGUUUUUUAAAGAGAUAUCUCUCCAUAUGGGUAUUUGAUUUACAGAAAUAAGUCACCUUCAGAUUUUCUUUCUCUUAACACAGUAGUGAGUUGAAAGUAGCAUUUAUUUAGAAACACUCCCUUUCCACCUCAUUUGUUGUAUAAAAGCAAAUCGCCUUGAAUCUUUGGCACAAAAGAAAAAUGACUUGACCCACUCGAACCCCAGGAUUAAAACCUGACAUGCGGGGCUGGAGAUAUGGCUCAAGGGGUAGAGUGCUUGUAAGCACAUGGUCUUGAGUUCAAACCCUGGUUCCACCAAAAAAAAAAGGGGGGGAAAGAACACCACCCUGACAGUUUACCCCUCUCCCUACCAUCUACUUCAUCUACCUGUUGGAGCCAGCAAUGACUGUGGUGGCCGCUCUGUCCACCCUUGGCUAGUGAGUGAGGGAACCAAGGAGGGAGUAUCUGGUUGCCUAAACUGAGGUGACCAUUCAGUGGCCAGCUACACACAGAAUGUGGAUAUCCAUACUACCUGUCCAAGGCACCAAACCUCACAUUAAGGGGGGCACAGAGGUAUGUUAUUAUCCCACCACGAUCAGCUUACACCCAAGAAGAUGCACAGCAUCCCAUAAUGUGACAGAACCAGGUUUUAGGUGUGGCUUGUGAAAGCAGUCUAAUGAGUCAUUACAUCACCUGUCUAUGAGUCUUUUAUCUUUCCUGUUGAAGCAAGAAGGAAGGUUCAGACUUCCAUUUUUCCUUUAGUCUUUUUCAGAUCUCUUUCCUGAAAGCAGUCCCUUUGCAGGUUUGGUAAACUCCUCCCUUACAAACCUGCGCUUUUGUUAUUCUGCAGCAGAUGCUUUUUUAAAAAAAAAAAAAAUGGUCUCCUGCCUCCCAGAAUGAAAUACUCCUGAAGGAACGAGAAGAGAUUAAUUAGUGCCCUUCCACUCUGUUAAACUAUGAUGAAUAUAACCGUAGUUCCUCUUAGUCUGCACCGUGACCCUUGAAAAGUACUCCCUUCCAAGUCUGGUGGCAGCUUAGUGCUGCCACUACUUGAGGAGGGGUAGAGUUGUUCAGCUCACAGCUAUGUGCAAUGGAUUCCUAAGGUGGAAUCUACAAACAGUGAAAUCAUAUUUUGUAAUUUAAAAUUGUAUUUGUGUUAACUUACUGUGACUACUGUUCAGACUUUGUUCAAAAAUCCUUUUUUAUAGGUUUUCUUAGCAAAAAAAACCCCAUAUCUAUGGAUAACAUGUCUCAAUCUUCUGUAUAUAUGUUUUAUUAAUAUGUAAAUAUUUAGAUUUUUUUAAAUUACUAUGUUCUUUAAAAAAAAAAAAAAGAACUCAGUGCAAGGCUAGUUGUGAAAAUGGUGUAUAACAUCGUGUUGUGAUAUCAAUUCUCAAGAUGCUCUUUAUGUCCAUUCUGGAAGAAUAUAAUAAAUUACUUUAAUUGAA